AUGUCAGAGUCGGUGUUUGUGGGACUGUGCCACAUAGUGGGAACAUCACAACAGGUGGCCAGUAUUAGAGAUGCUAUGGGCAUCACGGAUAUUUUGACAAAUCAAGUCAAUCAUUCAUACCCUAGAAUGAUAAGUGGAAGCCGUGGAGAAGGAUUCAGACUAGAUGGAUCAGAUAUAGACAUCAUGUACUGGGAAAAUAACAAACGAGUCAUCUGGGACUUAUCUCAGAUACAGUAUUACAACAGAAACAUAUACACAUUAAUUCUUUGUGACAGUUCCGAAAGCCCUCCAGGAUUCUCUUUACUUCAGCUUUUGAUUACACGCGUACGCAGCAUAAGAACAUCGUUAUGCACUAUAGAAGUAACAAAUAGUAUAUCUACAGCACUUUUCGAAAGGAAUAAUAGUCUUUUUAUAUCUAGUUCUCUAUGUAGAGAAACACAGCGUCCAUUAUUUCCACCUGGCUUUAUUCCACAUGGACCCUGCGUCAGUGGAAUUAGUUCUGGAUUAGAAAGAGAAUUUGCCUUCUGUUUUGCCUCUGACUUUUGGCCUCCAUCCGCAGCCUCUUGGAUAGACAGAUGUCACUCAUGGCCCCAGCCAAAUGUUGUGUGCGACAUAAUCAGAAGUGGAUGCCACUUUGUAGCAAUUGGACAUAAACUAAGCAAUUUUGAAGACCAUGAAUGGAGAAUUUCUUUUUCACGGGCAGAACAGAUACUUGUGCAUUCAAUGAACCACACUCAGUUCUUAACUUAUGGAUUACUAAAAUUGAUUCUAAAGGAAGUCAUUAGCAAUGGAUUAGAAGAAGAGGAUAAACUACUAUGUUCCUACCACAUGAAGACAGCCGUUUUCUGGGUGAUUCAACGAAACAAUAUACCUCAGUGGUGUCCAGAAAAUCUCCUGUUGUGUGUUUGGAAUUGCUUCAAACUAAUCCUUAAAUGGGUCUAUGAAGACGUUUCCCCUAACUUUUUCAUUCCACAAAACAAUAUGUUUCUGAGUAGAAUCCAUGGUGAUAAGCAAAACCAAUUGUUCAUUAGGCUACAUGCGUUGUAUGAGAAGGGUUUAAUAUCACUGCUACACGGUCCCUCCAUCUGGCCCUAUGUUUUGAUAGUUCUCUAUAACCCAAGACUCUCCAUUUGUACAGAUGAAGACAACUUAUUAUUUCAAUAUGUAUUUGAUUCCGACCUAUUUUCUUGUACAAAUUGUAAAACUUUAAUAGGAAUAGAAACUCUGUUUCACUGUAUGAAAUGCCUACGAGCUGUAGAACAGUUAAUGAAUACACCUUUGACACCAUAUCAUGUUGUCAUCUUACAGAAACACACAACAUUCAUCUUCCACGAAAUUGCCUUUAUAUUGAGUAACAUAUACAUCAACACGUGUCGAAACAAAAUGGUGUAUAUUGCUGUCAGAAUAUCCGAUCGCAUACUGAAAUUAACAGGCAAGUUUGGUUGCACUUCUGAUAUGGUGUACAUGGCCAUGUAUUACUACAAGACAAUGAGAUUUGUGGACGCAUUACUUGUUACGGAAAUGACAAAAGUCGUACAGUUAUACAAAGCGAAUCUACUUUUGUCUACAGAUAUGUACACCGAAGCAUUUAGAGGGUUGUCCUUAACUUCAAAAAUGAGGAUCUUUACAAAUAGGAAUAUCUUCCUCAACAAUAAUGUCCGUUAUAUCAAUGAACUAUUACCUGAACAACAGUGUAGUAGACAGGAGAGACAAGGUCUAAUGGAUAUACCUACACUCGUACUCUUGUAUAUGCUGGAGAUCUUGUGUUACCGUCAUGUUGAUGCGACAAAAGUACAAACCGCUCUAUUUUUUCUCCAGCAACUAGUCCAACAUCCUCAGAGGAUUUUCCUACCGGAACGUCAAGAGGACAUAUCAUGGCAGAUCCUUGGGAUAUGUUACCAGGUCACAGGGAAUCCUCAAUCGGCUCUAUACGCGUAUCAACAGUCACUUUCAAAAGUACCAUUUAGUAAAAUAGAAAAGGCUUCACUUUUGAGAAUACAGAGUAUCCUUCAGUGA